UGGAGUCUCGUGUGUUUGGGGCUCCAAGGUGAGCUCGUGCUCUGAAAUGUUCCAGGUGAGUUUGUACCGGGCUGUGCUAAGGGGGGGCGGACUGCUGCUCCGCCGGACCCCCCUUGCGGAGUCCGCGGGGGUUCGUCGCUCUCUGAGCCGGCAGCUGGGCAGUAGAGCCGGGAGGACGGAGCGGAGCUGCACCGUAGACCCGAACCUAGAGGAGCAGUUCGAGUUCGUGGACUGGACAGAUGUAGAGACAGAUGGUGAGCCGACGCUUCAGGAGGAGACCUCUCUCCCGUCCUUGCCCCCACCUGUCCGUCCUCAGACUCACCUGAGGUCUCUGGAGCGCCAGCUGCAGGUGUUGAAGGGCGUUGGCCAGAGGAAGGCAGAGCCUGAGUCUCUGAUUGAGUUCCAUGACGUGGACUUCCCAUUGGACCAAAGCCUCAUCACAGCGAAGAAGAAAAAGAAGCAGAAGCAGAAGGGGGCGGGACCAGGUGAGCACAGAGUGGUUGGGACACCAGACGUGGACGAGCCAUUCAGUGACACCUGCUGCUCAGGCUGCGGUGCCAUCCUUCAUUGCACCGCCCCCGCGGUGCCAGGGUACCUGCCCAGCGAGAAGUACAAGGUGUUGCUGCAGGAGGAGAAGCUGGGCCAGGCUACCUGUCAGCGCUGCUACCUGCUGACUCAUUACCGCCAAGCGCUGGACCUGCACCUGUCCAGUGAUGAGUACAAACGGGUGGUACAGAGGCUCCGCCCCCUCAGAGCGCUAAUCUUGCUCAUCGUUGACCUGACCGAUAUCCCUGCUUCCAUUGUCCCUGACCUGCCCGGCCUUGUAGGGACCAAUAAACACAUUGUCGUCCUUGGCAACAAGGUCGACCUACUCCCCGAAGACUCGCCCAACUACCUGCAGCGAAUCAAACGCCAGCUCUCCCAUUACUGCGAUGGCGCCGGCUUUGGCCCCCAGGUAACAGACGUCCACCUUAUUAGUGCCAAGACAGGCUAUGGUGUGGAGACCCUGAUCUCCAGCCUGCAGAGCUCCUGGAAGUACAAGGGGGAUGUCUACCUGGUGGGCCAGGCCAACGCCGGGAAGUCCACACUCUUCAACACGCUGCUGGAGUCCGACUACUGCAAGUCCAAGUCCUCAGACCUGAUCCACAAGGCCACCAUCUCACCAUGGCCAGGGACCACCCUGAACCUGCUGAAGUUCCCCAUCAUCAACCCGACCCCGUACCGGAUGUUCAAACGUCAGGAGAGACUGAGGGAGGAGUCUCAGCAGACUGAGGACGAGCUGACGGAGGACGAGCUGAAGAGACUUAAAGUCCUCAGUCACCAGGGUUACCUCGUAGGUCGAGUCGGUAGAACGUUCCGGUCUAAUGACGGCGCCAGACGAGCCGAGAUUGAAUUUGAUCCUGACAGUCUGGCUUUUGGAGAUAAGGAAGACGGAGAGAUGACGACAGCAGAGCCGAGCCGGACACCCAGGGAGUUCACAUACAACGAGCUGAAAGACGCCCACUGGCUCUACGACACGCCAGGGAUCCUCCGAGACAGAGACAUUCUGUUGUUGUUGAGCGAACAGGAAGUGAUGUCUGUGGUUCCGUCUCGGGCGCUGGUUCCCCGUACAUUUGUGUUAAAGCCAGGCUGGAGUCUGUUGGUGGGCGGACUGGGCCGCAUCGACUUCAUGGAGGGGGGUCGGUCCUGCUGGUUCUCUGUGCUAGUCUCUAGUCGAGUCCCCAUCCACAUCACGAGUCUGGAGAAAGUUGACCAGAUUUAUGAGAAACAUGCCGGGGGAGUCCUGCUGGGGGUUCCUAUGGGAGGGCCAGAGCGGAUGAAGACGUUUCCUCCGUUGGUUCCUCAGGAAGUCAGACUUGAGGGGCGGGGCUACCUGGAGGCAUCAGCUGACAUCACACUGUCAUCUGCAGGUUGGGUGGCGGUGACAGCAGCAGAAGGCGAGCAGCUAUUGUUGAGGGUUCAUGGUCCUGAGGAGGCGGGUUUCGGUGUGAGGACGCCACCGCUGCUACCUCGAGUUGUCGCUCUGAAAGGAGAAAGAAUCAAAAAAUCAGCUGCAUAUAAAGUUAUCAAACCGACCGGACUGAUCGACUCUGGACUGUCAACUCAUGGAGUGAAGAGUCUGCAGGUGAUGAACAAGAAAAAGAGGAAGAAGAAAAAGAAGGACUGAGUCACCCAGGGUUGGUGGGAGGAGCUUAAUUCUAUGGUGACAUUUGCACGUCCAGCUACAGAGGAACGUUUGUGACAACAGCAGAGACGGUUAACAGUCCAAUCAGAUUUUGACCUGACAAUUGCUUCAUCGUUAAACGAUCCUGCAGUGUGACAUAACAUCUUUGUGUCCAGGACAAUCCAGGAUCGGGAUCCAACAGGACUGACCUGGACUUCCUCUUCAUCCAUAAUCAGGUUCAAAAAAGAUCUGAUGGGGCAGGAAAUGGAGACAUAAACUUCGAAAUAAAGCAUGUUAUAGACUGUCACAUUUUCCAGGGGUACAUUAAGGACUAACAGAUAGUGACUGGACCCACUUUGGGGUCCAGAGUCACCAGUUGAGAACCAAGGGUUCAUAAUAAUACGUUGUACAUGUGUCUGUAGUUUUUCACUUGUGCAGUGAUGUUUUAUUUAUGUUUGUCUAAUUUUCUUUCAUUUAAACACAGUCUUUCUAAAGCAAGGUUGGGAUGUUUAAUAAGCCUCACAAAAAGACAUCUUUCUACAGCAAGGUUGGAAUGUUUAAUAGUCCUUACAAAAAGACAUCUUUCUACAGCAAGGUUGGAAUGUUAAAGGCAAGGAUGGAAGGCUUGAUCAUCUCUAAAUCUCUAACCCUAACCCUUUCAGUGUUUGGAAAACUGGGUUUCACCCUUUUUCUCAAAAUUGCCAUUCAAAUAGAAAGAUAAGGGCUAAGGUUGAGAAAUGGGAUUAAUCCUCAGUCAGCAUAUUCAGUUUGCUCCCGGCCAGGGAUUAGACUGAGAACCCUUCAGUAACCACAUGACUUGGUCCAAUCACAGUACC